UAAUAGUAUAGGAGUACACGACAAAAUAAGUACAUAAACCACAUAUAAGUUAGCUAGUGAAGAGGAAAACCAACCAAUCAUGGUUUGAAAGAAAUACAAACAUCCAAAUGUGAAAUGAUAAAACUUAAAGAACAAUUGAAAUUAAGCUAAUGCCUUUUUGGCUUGGGUGAAAAGAAGAUAAAAAGGUUUAGGUGACUACACCAGCCUGGCCUUUUUGGUCCUUUGGAAGGAAGUUAGAAAGGAUUUGGAUGACAAUACUGAUGCCUAAAGUUUUAGUCCUUCGAAAAGAUAAGAAAUCAGAGAUCAGAGAUAUUUUGAGGAUAAAGCAGAGCCAUAGAUUGAAAUAUAGAUUUUUGAGCUUUUUUUCAGCAAGCUGAAUGUUUUCAACAUAGACACACUCGACUUAUCCGACUCUCUUCCUCUGUGGAAACUGAUGGGUGGAGAAGUUUCUGAACUGGUUUAUGCUAAAUUUGGACCCACCAUAAUACUAUUGGCCGGUUUACAAGGUGUUUGGAAGACAACUGUUAGCGUAAAGUUAUCUUUAUAUCUAAAAAAGCAGGGUAAAAGUUGCAGGCUGAUUGCUGGAGACGUGUACAGACCUGCUGCUGUUGACCAACUCAUUAUUUUUGGUAAACAGGGGAACAGGUUGAUGUGCCUGUUUAUGCAGCAAGAUCAGAUGUAAAACCUGCUGAAAUAGCUCGGCAAGGAUUACAAGAGGCCAAAAAGAAGAAUGUAGACGUAGUCAUAAUUGAUAUAGCUAGAAGACUUUAGGUUCAUAUCAUCUUAGUUUUUGGGUUCCGCUUUUAACUUUUUCUUUUAGUUUGUAUUUGAAUCUAUUUUAUUUCUUGUAGAUAGAUAAGGCUAUCUACAAGUGACUGAAAACUCAAACUUGAAACACAACCUAUGGCACAAAGGCUAUCUACAACUUCAAAAAUCUAUGGACAAACGGGCGCUGAUUUUUUAUUUUA